AUGGGAGCUCUCCAGAGACUUUGGCGGCGGCGGGCGGGGGUUCUGGCCCUCACAUGGCUUUGCUUAGUCCGGGGCCACGUCCCGAGUACACCGCUAGACUCUGGAACUGGGGUGGCGCCGCCGCGUCCUGUGUUCACAGCAGCCGCUGGGGCAAAGGCGAACCUGCUCUCUUGCAACGGAGGCGGCAAAAGCAGCGGCAGGAGGGUUGAAUUUUCGUCGCUACCUGCGGCUGCUGGCCUUCUUUCUCGCGGUGGAGGGUCUUCCUUAGACCCCACCUCCAUUACAGAGCCUUCAGGCAAGAACGGCUCGACGGCAUGUCUAGACUACGCCAGCCAUGGGCGGCUUGUCGCCACCGGGCUCUCCGGGGGAGAGCUCUUUCAUCGCAAGCGUGAGCAGCAGCAGCAGCAGCAGCCUCCGCUAGCGGCUGCGAAGAGCAACGAGGAUGCGGCUAGCCCCUGGCCGGAGGCAAGGCGCGUCCUCAAGCGGUGUCUGGCGAGGGCGGCGAGUGGCGGGAUCCCGGGGGCCGUCGCCGGCCUCCUUCAGGUCGUCACCCUCAUGUGGCUGCGGACGAUCGUGAACUACCAGUGCCGCUACGGCACUUCUAUCGUGGCCGCGGCUUCCGAGCUGUACCGUCAGGGCGGGGUCCUGCGGUUCUACCGGGGGGUCGUGUUCGCUCUCGUAUCCAACCCGAUGUCGAGGUUCGGGAUGGCGGCGGCUAACGAGGCGGCCAUGGCGCUCUCAGACGCGCUCCCCAUGCAGGUAUCCGUGACGUUGACGACGUGGAUCGCCAGCCUCUUCGCCGGCGUGUGGAGAGUCGUGUUGACCCCACUCGACACUUGCAAGACUGUGCUUCAGGUGGAGGGGCCCAAGGGCUUCGCGUCCUUGAUGAAGAAGGUGUGGGGUGGCCACCUCGGUUGCCUGUACCAAGGGGCAACCGCCGCCGCCGCCGCAACGGCCGUGGGGUACUUCCCGUGGUUCCUAACCUUCAACUACCUCAACGGGCGACUGAGGAGGCCCUCCGCCUUGGCAGGGAUGCUCCUGAGGAACGCCGGCAUCGGCCUCGCGUCUUCGGUCUCGUCGGACGUGUGCUCCAACUCCAUACGCGUGCUCAAGACCACCAAGCAAGCGGCCGCCGCCUACGACUCGAAGGUCACGUAUAGGGGGGCGGCGGCCCUGGUCAUCGAGAACGACGGCUUGUUGGGCCUCUUCGGUCGAGGCCUGUCUACCAGAAUCCUUGCGAACGGGUUGCAGUCGAUGCUGUUCACGGUGGUUUGGAGAUACUUGCACGACAAGUACGUCGUGCCGAGGAGGGAGGCUGCGGAGCUACGGGAUGUUAGAAAUAGCCACAGCCGUAAGGGUAGAAGCAGUAGCAGUAGGACGAGCCGGCGAUCAACAUCGGCCCCCGCAAGAACAGCUAGACAUAGCUAGGGUUAAGGUAUUGAAGGCCGCUCUGGCGGUGGUCGACAGCGGUGGAAAGGCGGCCGCGGUGGUUUGAUUUUGCGGGGGUAGGGGUGGCCGAUGGUCCCCGAUACAUAUGUGCCCAAAGCGUCAAACGUAGAGUUGUCUUUGUUGCGAUCGAAUCGGCGCCCUGUCGGGCCUUCUCCUCCCCGUAGCGUGGAGGCACAAGCUGUAGAGACGCCUAGACGUGUGCGGUGUCAUCAGUUUCACUGGACAUUCAAAAUGCUUUUCGAACAUCCAUCAUGUUGUCGUUUCUUGU